AUGAGUUUCAGCACCGAGGACGACGCUCCGCUGACCACCUGCCCGCCGAACAUGGGACAGACGCACCAGAAGGAGCAGAACGACCCGGAGAUCAACGUCAAGGCGCUCCAGGACAUGUACAAAAAGUUUGUGACGGAGUGCCCGAGCGGUGUUUUAUUUAUCCACGAGUUCAAGCGUUUUUUUGGCAUCGACCCAACUGGGGAAGUCUCGGAGUAUGCGGAGAGCAUGUUUCGAGCUUUCGACAAGAAUGGGGUGAGAUAGCCUAUUGUAUAUGUUUCUGAGUUUUGCAGUUUUCUAUAUCCGUGCAAAUGAACACGGGCACACCGUUUUUCUAAGUUUAGGGGGGGAAAAAACGAUUGUUUUCAAUUUGUCUUUUCAGGAUAACACCAUUGAUUUCCUGGAGUUUGUGGCAGCCUUGAAUCUUGUUUUCCGGGGGGACUUGGAGCACAAAUUACGCUGGUCAUUUAAAGUUUACGAUAAGGACGGCAACGGCCACGUGGAUAGGACGGAACUGCGAGCUAUUAUUGAUGUAAGCACCCAGUGAAGGUCACCUGAGGAUUCCACAAGGUCACUACGGUGUCUAGUGAUUCAAUUACCCAAGGGUCUUAUGGGAGGGUCUUCUUCAGUGGUGAUGAAUAAGCCGAAGCAGACAAUCAGUUAAUGAGUUAAACAUUUCUGGUCAGACAGCUAACUUUGAACAAUUCUGAUGACCCAAUUCUGUGUGUGUGUGUGUGUGUGUGUGUGUGUGUAGGCUACUUUUGGCAUGAGGUGUGGUUUAAAUAACAAAUCUAAAACAACUCUGACGUGUAAAAACGUUGUGUGAAUGCACAACUGCAAACAGGUUCCAUUGAUAUAAGUUAGGCCUAUCUAUAGUAAAGGUUUUUAGGCCCACUUACCUUGUCAAUUAUUUUGGCGCAAAUUAUUUGUAACCAUUGACUGUAUGUAUUGGUCACACACUUUUUAUUUAUUCAUUUCCCCCCUAGAGUAUAUAUCACUUAAAGAAGACGUCCAAGAGAGAGCAGGAGGGUAUGCAGCUGUCGGUGAAUGAAGUGUGCGAGAGAAUACUGAAGACCGUGGAUGUGGACGGGGAUGGUAGGUGCAUGGAGCCACUUUACUCAGAGUCUUUAUAUUUACAUUAUGUGCAGUAUUGGGGCGAAUUCAGCAGAGCACAACGUUGUGGAACAAUCAGAUAUAAAUAUGUUUUGAAAUCCCUCAUGUUUUCUUCUACAUGUAGUCAUGUCAGCUGUAUUUAUGACAUGUUUAUCUGCAACGUUCCACAACGUUUUCCUACUGAACGUGGCCCUGGUCUGCUUGUCCAGGUGUGCUGUAGGCCUGCACAGAAACUUCCCGUCCGUCUGUAUGUCUGCCCGCUGUCUGCCUUGUUUUCUGCCCACCGUCUGCCUUGUUUUCUGAACAACCUUUCUGUUGUGAUGGCCCAUGCAGGUCACAUCACCCUGGAGGAGUUCAUUGAGGGGGCCCAGGGAGACCCAUGGAUCAUGGACAUGCUCCAACUGGACAUGAACCCUUAUGGCUGGGUGCUGGAACAGAGAAGGAAAAGUGCACACUUUUAA